CUAUAGCAGCGCCGUUGGAGUGGGCGGGAGAAGAGGGCCGGCCAAAGGUGACGCGGUGGCUGCGGAGGUGCGGUGCUCCGCGGCGCUCCGGGCGGUGGAUGGCGGCGGGAUGGAGCGCGAGGGGAGCGGCGGCGGCGGCGGGUCAGCCGGGCUCCUGCAGCAGAUCCUCAGCCUAAAGCUCGUGCCGAGGGUGGGCAACGGGACCCUGUGCCCCAACUCCACUUCGCUCUGCUCCUUCCCAGAGAUGUGGUAUGGUGUGUUCCUGUGGGCACUGAUGUCCUCUGUGUUCUUUCAUGUCCCUGCUGGACUGCUGGCCCUCUUCACCCUCAGACAUCACAAAUAUGGUAGGUUCAUGUCUGUAAGCAUCCUGUUGAUGGGCAUCGUGGGACCAAUUACUGCUGGAAUCUUGACAAGUGCAGCAGUUGCCGGGGUUUACCGAGCAGCAGGGAAGGAGAUGAUCCCCUUUGAAGCCCUCACCCUGGGCACAGGGCAGACGCUCUGUGUGGUCAUAGUCUCUUUUUUACGGGUUUUAGCUACUCUAUAGCAUACGCUCUCUCACUGUGAUGUCAUCCCUGAGUUGUGUAGACUCCUCAAAAGGAAUGGACAGUGUCAUGGUUUCUUCAUUCCUCAAAUGGGAGCCACUAGGAGGCCUGAGAGUGUGAAGACCACCACAGUCCUUUCUUCUAGUUGAAGCUCCUGAAAUUGAAGACCCUUGUGGACACCUAUCAUUUUCAGCCAAAACAAGCUCCUGGCUUUUUCUUCUCUUGUGACAACCUAAGAAGUUUUACCCGUACACCGGUCACCUAAGCCAUCAAUGCCUCGGAGUCUGUGUCCUUCCUUUGAAAAAAUGUAUCAUUGCUGUUUCUGAGCAACCAGUGGAGAAUGCUGCUCGAUUUCAAGGGGGCAGGCUGCUCUGUACCAAGAGCUUAGCAGUAAAGCCAAGCUGGUUUGGGUUGGCUGAGAACAAACUGGUGGAAUGUAACAGGAAGAAGAACUGAAGUAGAGUUCAAAGCAGCAGCUUUGGUUUCACUGUCAAAAGUAGGUGACCACUGAGAAUGUGACAUGUUAUGAAUAACUAUCUUGACCUCUGAUAUAUUUCAAGAGAUGUGAAUUUAUCAUUUGAUCAAAAUAAGCUAGCUAAUUGAGAUUUUUUUGUUUUUUGGGUUUUUUUGUUUGUUUGUUUGUUUUUUUGGUUUGGUUUUGUUGUUGUUUUUGUUUUGUUUUAAAGACAUGAGGUCUUGCUUUAUUGCCCAGGCUGGUCCAAACUCCUGGGCUCAAGGCAACCUCCCACCUUAACCUCCUGAGUAGCUGGGACAAUAGGCAUCAUUGUCGUGCCUAAUCAAGGUUCUUUUCCCAAAGAAUAUCCAUGAUACCUUGUCAUCUUUAACACUAUCCAUUGUAUUUACCGUCUCCGAAAACUCACAGACUUUCUUAAGUGGCUGGACUUGAACUUCAAAACCGGGUAGGUUAGGACACUCUUUGGACAUUCAGGCACAGAUAAGAAACUUGCAGGAUUCUCUUAGAGGUUUUCUUGGUGUUUUUCGUUGAUUUUCUGAGUCUGUGCUUGUGCAGUGUGCUGAAGGCAUUAGUGGGUAUUGGUUUUCCUCACACUCUGUUUACCUAGCAAUGGCUCCUCAGCCCGCCCUUGCAGUAUUUGAGUAUUCACUCCCAGAAAGUGCCUAACACUUCCUCUUCAGACAUAACCCCUCUGGCCUUCUUAUUUUUCUUCCAAGAGAAUUUAUAUCCUUAAAAAGUAGUAGUAGUUUUUAACUCGAUUUUAGUAUUUUAAUUUUUAACUCUACUGCCUAACUUUGUUUUCCUUAAAAAGGCCUCCAGACUGUGACCUUCAGAAGGGAAAGGGGGUGCAGGACUUAAGCCCCUUUCAUCAAUUCCACAGUUUUGUAUAAACUACAGUAAAAUACAACAGCCUUGUUGUUACCUGUUUUCAGUGUAGCUUCUGGUGAUUAACUGACAUUUUUAAAAGAAAAUUUUUAUUGUGAGAUUAAAGCUCACAGCCUAUGAGGAAAUAAAUUUA